ACGUCACGACGCAGUAGGCGGAAGUGGCGGCUGAGCGGCGAACGAGGAGAGGAGUUGAGAAGAACUUUCAUCUUUCUUUUCGUCUUGGCUUUCUUGGUUCGGUUCCAGUUUGGUCUUUCGGCCUCAAAAGAGAGAACAGCACGCGACAGAGCUCCUGCAUCACGUCCAGCAACCGUGGAUGAGAUGAACCACAGCAUGGACCACAGCCACCAUCUUCAUCACACCAUGGCCCCACCCACUACAGACGGCCAUGAUCAUGGAGGGGGAGGAGGAGGUGGAGGACAUGAAAGCCACGGAGGGAUGGUGAUGACCUUCUACUUUGGCUACAGCAACGUGGAGCUGCUGUUCAAGGGGCUGCUCAUCAACUCACCUGGAGAGAUGGUCGGGGCGUGUAUUGGUGUUUUCCUAUUGGCCGUGCUCUAUGAGGGUUUGAAGAUCGGUCGUGAGUUUCUGCUGCGUCGCAGUCAGGUCAACGUCCGCUACAACUCCAUGCCACUGCCAGGCGCCGACGGGACGGUUCUGAUGGAGACGCACAAGACGGUCGGGCAACGGAUGCUAAGCCCCUCCCAUUUCCUGCAGACACUGCUGCACAUUGUCCAGGUGGUCGUCAGCUACUUCCUGAUGCUGGUCUUCAUGACUUACAAUGGUUACCUGUGCAUUGCCGUGGCAGCCGGCGCCGGCAUGGGCUACUUCCUGUUUAGCUGGCGGAAGGCAGUGGUCGUUGACAUCACAGAGCACUGCCACUAGCUAGCUAGCUAGCAUGUUGGUUAGCAUUCUAACACACACGUGCACUCUUUUAGUGGUGAGCUAACGGACCUAAAGCCAAACUGACUCAUAAAAUACUCCUAAUCACAAAUGUUACCACGUAACCAUGGUAACAGCACUUCAGACUGUAGAUUAGCGAUUAACCCCAGAAAACAAGCUCGUUUUCUACCGUAAACUCGAACUCCUGCUGGAGGGGGAGCCAACCAAUCAGAGUUCAGAUCACCUCAGAAGAUCCUUUUUAGCCAAAUCACCAAAUUCCAUUUUUCUCUUAUUUUAGUGCCAUGGCAACGUUAGCAUAUCUGGCUCUGUCAUUGGUUAGCGGCCACCAAUCGGAACACAGGAUUUAAUCACACCUUUAAUCUCCAGAAAAAGAUUGAUCAGACGAAUGAUUUGUUUUUAUCAGCCGACACAUAAACAUCAUUAAAUGUUGUUAAGUUUGUUUACUUCCUGUUUACCUUUUUUUUUGUUGAUUAACCUUUUUGUAUUUUGAGCAAAAAAGUUUUAAAUUUUCUCAGAAUAUAUAAAAAAUGAAUUUUUCCAGUUGUGGACGAGUUCACGUCAGGGCUCCGUCAGCUGAUCCUCACACAAACAAACAACAUCAGCUGUUUGCAAACAAAGUGUUUGGUCACCACCACCACUGCCUUACUGCGACUGACCAGAUGCUGUCGUCAUGGAGACGAGUCGUCAUGGAGACGAGACGAGUCUCUGCUGCUUCAGUGCUGAUGUGCCGUACCUUCUGCCACUCAAAGAUCACUGUAUGAAUAAUGCUGCGGUGGGCGUGGUUUGUUUUCUGGACCAGUGAGAAUAAAGAGACGGAUCAGGGACAGAAAUCACUGAGCCGGUGUGUGUGUGUGUGUGUGUUAACAUUAACAGCCAAUCAGCUACUCAACGGGACCAUCACAUCUGACCUCUGUAGGUCCUGGUCUAGGUUCUGGUUCUGGUCCAGUUUUUUGUGAAUCGCUCUGUGAUUGUUGAUGUGAAGGAAAUAAUUUUCUCUGGAUGUCUAAGUGUCUGAAAAUGUCCCGUAUGCUGGAAUCAUAAGCAAAAUAAAGUUUAUGUAGAA